AUGGAGCCAGAGUCCAGCGUAUUCGUAACAGAAGAUGAUCUGUCCGCACACACUCUGUCUCCAAACACAAGUACUCCCAACUUGUUAGAGACGGUGGAUCAAAUUAAGCGUUCCUUGAGUAUUACUACGUUGCAAGAAUUAUCUCAAAGGCCUUCAACUGAAGUAAGACGUAGUAUUCAGAAGAAAAUUUGGAGGCCUCACGAUGAUGAAGCCAGACUCCCUGCUGAUUGGGAGCGGCUUGUGAUCUACGUCUUUCGGGCAGGAGGCCGUGCAUUUAUGCUCUCCUAUGGAUUAAGAAGUACACUUUCAUUUCUUCUUACCAUUGUAAAAUCACUUCGUUCUCGUCGUCCUGUUGAUAAGAAGCAACUUAAAGAAGCGUUUGUUGGAGAAAACACUGUACGGUUGGCUUUGGCAUUUGGUGUCUGGGCAUGUGUCUACAAGUUUGUGAACAACGCGUUACGACUCCUAACGCCGUACCCGAAAGCUGCAAUUCCGAGCCGCGCCCCGAUGCGUCGCACCCAAACGGCACCAGCAGCAACCUUUAAAUUGGGCGGGAUGGACGAUCACUCAGAGUUGCACGAGAAAAUUUCACGGGAAGAGAUGCACCAAAAGCGUAGAUGGGAAUGGAAGCAUUUGUCAACAUACGAUCCUCGUGUGCGAAGUUGGCAUGCAUAUGUUGCAGGCGCAGCCUCCUCUGUGGCCUUCUUCGUUGAGAAGAAAAGUGUCGUACGAUCCUUAACACUUCAGAUUUUUGUUCGAGGUCUGGAAGGCACCUACCGGCAUGCUCGAGCAAAUGGUAUGCCUGGCAUCCCUUACGGUGAAGUCAUUGUGUUUGGGUUAGCUAAUGUCCAAAUUAUCAUGUCUUGGCUAGGCGCGCCUCAAUAUUUGGAUCGAGGCUACAAGUCCUGGAUUGAUAAAGCUUCAAGUGUACCUAAGCCCACCUUGCGGAACUACCUGUCCCAAGCAGCCAACAAAACACCCGAUCCUUGGGCCUUGGUUGAACUGUUCGGUGGAAAGAUUCCCGAACCGAAAACUGAGAAUCCUAGAACUUUUGAGGAUUUGCCGCCCAAUAAACACGCGCCAGACGGUGUGAGUGGAAAGACAAUCGAACGAGUGUAUAACUGGAUGGAACAUGGUCAUCUUGAUCGAUUCCCCAACUGUCUCAUGUCACAUUUGAAUACGGACAAUCAUUUUUAUGCCACCUAUCAGAACUUUUGCAAAGCAUGGAAGUUUAUUAUGCCUGUCUACAUGACGCUGUACUUUGUUCCUGCCCUGUUCCUGCGUACUAGGGCCAUCUUGAAGGCGUAUGUAUUUUUAAAGCAAAGGAAAGCUUACAUUCGCAGACCUAAAAGCAGUGUUAUCCGCAUGUUUUUGGAUGCUUCGCGUUCUUCCGCCUUUCUAGCAACAUAUGUGGUAUUGGUCAAGUCUAUGUUUUGCCUAUUACACGGCACCGCGGACAGGAUCACUUUCAGCCGGUUAAAUAACUAUUCGGCAUUUCGUAUACUGUCGAGUGUUCUGUCGGAUCACAGGUGUAAAGCUAUUGCCGGCUUUAUAUCCUGUUUCUCGCUUUUUGUUGAGCAUAAACGACGCCGCAGCGAACUGACUGCCUACGUAUUGCCCAAAGCAUUCGAGUCCUUUUGGAAAUCAGGACGAGCGCGCGGAAUUUUGCCAAGGGUGCCCUACGGUGACUACAUUUUGGGAGCAGCAAGCAUGUCGAUGAUCAUGGGAACGUUUGCUCACAAUCCCGAAAACUUAUCCAAGUUAGUUUCACUCGUGAUCUACCAAUUUAUCGGUCGAAACUAA